UGCGUGAGGUCGUGGGAACCGGAACCGGAAGCGCCGAGCACCGGCUGGGUUCCGCGGGGCUGGGAGCGUCUCUGGCGGCGCGCCCCGGCCUAGGUAUCGGGCGGGCGGCGCUGGGCGGCGGCGCGGGCUCGGAGCCGGGCCGGAGCCGGAGCCAUGUCGGGGAACGGCAAGACCCGCCUGCCGGACAGAUGGACAGACUAUCUCCCGCUUGGACAAAGAAUGCCGGGUACUAGGUUCAUCGCUUUCAAAGUUCCUUUAAAAAAGAGUUUUGAAUGGAGACUUGCCCCAAAAGACAGAUUUUCUCCUUUUGACCUCCUUAAGAAAAUUAGAGAACAGAAAGAAGAACUUGGCAUGAUCAUUGAUCUAACAUACACAACGCGCUAUUAUGGACCAGAGGAGCUACCAAAGACACUCUGCUACUCCAAGAUCUUGACGGUUGGACAUGAAGUACCAGAUAAUGAAACAAUUUUUAAAUUUAAAUGUGCCGUGAAAGAGUUUUUAUGGGAGAACAGAGAUAAUGAUAAACUCAUUGGAGUUCACUGCACACAUGGCUUAAACAGAACUGGUUACCUUGUUUGUAGGUACCUAAUUGAUGUUGAAGGCAUGGAACCAAAUGUCGCUAUAGAGUUGUUCAACAGGUCGCGAGGGCAUUCUAUAGAAAGGAAGAACUAUAUUGAGGACCUUCAGAAGGGCCCCAUCAGAAUGAACCAUGCUGCAGAUGGACUAGCAUUUGAUUUGAUCAAAGGACAAAGCAGCAUGGCACCAAAUUUGGAUUUCCAAGUAGCUGGACAUCAUCUGUAUUCAGAACAGCUCCCCCUGGCAGACAGCAGGCUCUUCCCUUCUUGGCAAGGAAAGGGAGGAAAAAGAGAACAAAGAGCCCUGUACCCUGUCAGGAAUUUCCACGGAGUUUACGACAAUGGGAGAUCUGCUUAUUUCAAGGAGUGUGUCCCUACAGCCAACCUGGCUCAGCAAACACCCCCUUACAACUUGGGACCUGUCAACUACCCCAUUCCCCUACCUUAUAACAAACAGUAUAAUGGUUACAAUGGACGAUACUUUCCAGUGCAAAAUCCUUACCGUAUACGCCAGGAAACGUAUAAAAUGAAAACAUCUAGAAGACACAAAAGGAAUCACUAUACAAAUUGAUGUGAGGGGCUCAUCUGGUGGAAGAACUUGGAAGUGUGCUAUAUGGAGUCCACUCUGUGGGGUUUUUUUAAUCUAGAAGCUUUAUUCAAGAAUGAGUCUUUUAUUCAUUCUAAUCCCUUUGCUGUGGUGCUCAUUGCUGGCCAAGUGCCAGUCUGGAAACACAAAGGAAGGAAUCAUUAAUUUUAAUAUUGAGCCUGUUUCUAAAAGUUUUAUUUUUCCUAACCACCUUCAUAACAAACCCUCACCUUUUACUGUAUUAAAAUAUUGUGACAUCCACGUUA